CCGCGCUCUGGGCCCCAUGAAAAGGGUAGUUAUGGGCACGUGCAACAGUAGUGGCAUUUAAGUAAUUUUACCCAGGCCUUCCUUCUAAUUUCAAUUCCAUCUAUCCAUCCACUCCCUUCCCCUUCGUCCCCUGCUUCUCUCCCAACUUUCAGUGCCAGAGAGCGGCUGUGUCUCUUCUCGAUCUCUCGCAUUUCUCCAACUCCACCCUCUUCAUAUCAUUGAUAUAUAUCUCCCAAGCAGAGAAUCAUCACUUGGGUUUCCUUACUCUAAGCUAUCUGUUUCCCUUCUAUCCCCAUUUCUGCUUUGAUUCGCUGGGUAUACACGCACUUCAAGAGCAUUUGCUUCCAUUUUCGCCGCUUCUCCAGUGCGUGAGUGGUUUAAGGUGGGUUCCAUUUCUUAACCUACACAUUUCUUCUGUUGGUUUCCCUUUUGAAGAAUAUCAACCCUUUUUUGCUUGCAAAAGCACGAAAAGGUGCUUGGAAUGUGCUAACUGAAAGAUCUCAGUGGCUGAACUGUAAUUCUCCGGGAAUUUUUGUCUCUUUGGCUGCAAAAGUUUGUUGACAUAUGGAAUCAAAGGAUGAGAUUUCGUUGGAAGCUAAAAGUGCUGUUGCUGAAAGCAAUCGACUGGAAGAAAUAGUUAUUGAUACAAAUAAAGGGGAAAUAAAUGAAGAAGCUGAAAAUGCAAAGGAAGUUUCUGAAAACGUAGCAAAAGCUGAAGAAAGUUUUCAUUCUUCAGAAAUUGUCGUUGAAGCCACUGUGAAUGUUUUGGAGACAAAAAGCUCAAAUAUUGUCAAGGGACCCAGUGUUGGUGUUGUGAAUGGUGGUCAUUCAAAGAAUAAUAAAACGGCCAAGAACCAGUCUAAGUUGAAGGCUAUGGAUUCAUUUUCCCAUAACCAGAGCCAGAGGCCAAAUCUUUCGCAGAGUCUUUCCUUCCCAGCAAGAGCUCAUGCUGAUGGUAUGAAGAAAAGCAUUGAUGGUUACCCCUCGAAAACCACCAAGCACUUUGAAGCAAAUGGGGCAAAAGCUGAGGUCCGAUUUUCCAAUGGAUUGUUUGCCUCAACAUCCCGUACAAGUCAUCCUGGUAGGAGAGCAUCGACUGGAACAAACUCAAAGGAAAUGAGCUCAAAUGGUGGCAGGGCAUCAUCCAGGCAGACUCCUUUGGCAUCCAUGCCUAGCACUCGACAAUCUCUGUCUCAGAAAUCUGGUUCUGUAAACAUGACAGCUAACUGUCCUCCUUCAAACCUGCACAUCUCCAAAUCACUUGAUCAAAAUUCAAAACCAGUAGAAACAGCAGAACCAAUUAAGGAUGAUGAUGAUGCCCAUUCCACCACUUCAUGUGCAACUCCCCAUGGGCAACGAAGAAACAGUGGCUCUGGAUUUGCUUUUAGGUUGGAUGAACGUGCUGAAAGACGAAAGGAGUUCUUUUCAAAGCUGGAAGAGAAGAUCCAUGCAAAGGAAGUGGAAAGAAGUAACUUACAGGCAAAAUCAAAGGAGAGCCAGGAGGCAGAAAUCAAACAACUGAGGAAAAGCUUGAAAUUCAAAGCUACACCUAUGCCAAGUUUCUAUAAAGAACCUCCUCCAAAAGUAGAACUGAAGAAGGAAAGUAUGGGGAGGGGGUUGGUGAGGUUUGAACCUGCUCAAAUGCAGAUACCCACAACACGUGCAAAAUCUCCAAAGCUUGGAAGGAACAAGAGCUCCAUAUCCACAACGAAGAACACUUUGGAAGGAGGUGGCUCUAGUCUAACCCCACGGCUGAAUCGAGAACGAAGCAUUUCGACCAAGGGAAACCAUGCAAACUGUGAUAAAGACAUUGGCACUGCAAAGAAGUCAAUUAAAAAAGCUCAAACUAGGUUUCAGUCUCAAGAAAGUGCCACGGAAAAUACCGAAGGACAGCUAGUUAAGUCAAAGCCAAAGACUACAGAAGCAGAAAGUGAAAACCAGAAUGGAUGCACUGGAGAAACCAAAGAAAACCAAAAUCGUUGUGCGAGUCUCCCUGAAAGUGAGGAUAUGAUAGAACUCGAACCUGAAAGGAAUAAUCCUGAGAACAAUGCAGUGGUAUUGAGCUCACCAAAUCCUGAGGUGAUGCCAAAUGAAGUUGCUGUUGGAGGUUAAAGGCUUAUGGGCAGCUUUUAAAUUAUUUGUAGGUUGUUAAAGCGUUAAAUGUUGUAUCUUGUGAAUAAAUUAACUGUGUGGUUUAAUAUUAUAUAUGAGUUACUUGUAUAUUGGUAUCUGCAGUUUAAUAUAUAUAUAUAUUCAUGUGAUUUAUUUACCUAAA